GAUAUUAUAACUGAUCAUAAUACUUUAUAGUUACACAACAAAUGUUGUAUUGACACAUUUUUAAUAAUAUAAUAUUUUAAAAAACGUUUAAAUUUUAAAUUUAUAAAAUUAAAUUCUCUGAAGAAAAACAAUAUGAAUGAAUAUGAACGAGUUAACAUGAUGGAAGAUAAGCGUUGGACAAAUAUUUUGAAAUGUGACAUUAUGGAAAAUACUACACUAUUGGGAGAUGCAGAACACCGCGAUCGUAUGGCUGGAUUGGAUGUCAAAUUAAAAAAUGAAAAUAAUCAUAUUCACGAAUUAAAAAACAAUAUUAAAAAAUGUUAUGUACAAUUUAAAGAGGUAAAUGAAGACUUUAAAGAUCUCAUUUUAUCAGAUGCUGGAAGUAAGGUUUUUUUGGAAAGAUACAGAUAUUUACAUCCAGAUAAAAUAAAAUCAAGCAUAAAUAAUUCUAUACACACAAUUACUAAAGUAUCAAAUGCACGAGUUGAGCAAUUUAAAACAGCAAUAAAAAAUUUGGAAGAUAUAGAAAGACGUCCAAACCCACAGAAAGGUGAACAGCACUAUAUCAAAAAACGUAAAAUGGAAAAAACAAUGGGAAAAAUUGUAAAUAAAGUUAAGAAAAUUGCGUUGGUUGACUUUACUAAAAGAAAGACCAAAAGCAUGGUAAAUGAUGUUAAACAAAAUUUAAUCAAGUACGAUACUGUGAUAGAACAAUUACAAACCGACGCUAAAGCAAUGGCUAUGGUCAUUAUGAAAGAAAUUGAAACUGGUACAAACUUCAAUGAAGACACAGCAAAUUAUAUUAAAACUUAUUUUGCCGAGAAGGAUGCAAAAGAAAAAUCUAUCGGUAAAAACACAUCUUACCUCGACAAAUUAAAUUCAAUAAUGGAUUCAAUGGAAUAUAGUAGGAAAACACUAAUGCAAGAGAAACCACCCACACAAAUUGAAAAAACAUUUUAUUCGAAACUUCCGUGGAAUAAUGAUACAUCUGACAAAAAAUCACAUCCAGAUAAUACUAUUGUUGAACAUGCUGUAAAAAAUAAAAAAGCAAAAAGAAAGAACAAUUGGUGUAAUAAUAUUUCACAAUUUGGAAUAAUGUACUAUGUCCAUCAAAAUGAAAAAACUAAAUUUUUGAACAAUUUAAAAAAUAAUAUUGAUGUUGCAUCUGCCGAUUAUAAAUUUCCUGAAAAUAUCCUUGAUUAUGUAACACUUGGUGAUAUUCAACCAACAAAUGAUGAGUUGGCCGCUAAUUACAUAAUAAAACAAACAGGAUAUAAUGGUUUAGAAGAAUUAAUAAAAUAUGUCGAGAGCACUAAAAAUGAUUUAAUGAAUUUAAGCAAAUUAACAACUUUAAGAACAACUUUACAGAAUUUAUUAUUCAAGGAAAGGUUAUAUAAAAAAGAAACUGUAGAUAAAUUGAAACUUUUGACUAACAAAGAUAUUGAAUUCAAUAAACAAGUGGAGAUUUUCAAAACAUACAUUGAUGAUCAACAAAAAAAUAUUUUUGAGGUUGACCAAAUCAAAAUACAUUAUUUAAAAUUGUUUAAUGAUUUGUAUUUUUACGUGGACAAUAUUAAAAUUAUACUUAAAAAACUCCAUGUUACCAUUGACGAUAAUAAACAACUAUCAUUUAUCAAAAUGAAUCUUACUUCACAAGAAAAUACAUUAGACAAUACCGCCGAGGAAUUAACAACAUUAAUAGAAGAAGUAAAAUCUAUGAUUGGAGUGAUUGAUGGAAAAUUUCGUUGGUGCAAUUUAAUAAUUCCUGAUGAAUUUGAUUCCAAACAAAUGAAUUUUGCACGUGCGAUGUAUGUGUUUAAAGUUCAAGAAUACAUACACGCAGAUUUAGCAAAGAGACAAAUGAGAUUUUCUCUUUUAUUAAAACAAAAUAAAUCGACAGAUAUGCCAAAAAAAUCUGAAGAUAUCUAACUAGAGAGGAUAUGAAAAGACAAGCUGAACAAAUUGUAAAAUAUUUCAAUGAAAAAGACACGGAUAGUUCAAAAAAUAAAAGAAAACCAAUUUCUUUCAGAAAAAGUUUUAUAUAGGUAGUAUGACGUAUAAAAUCAAAAUUAAUGAUCUUUGCGACUUUGCGGGAUAUGCAAAUAAAUAAAAAUUUUAACCAGUCAACAUUUUAAUUAUAAUUAAUGUUCAAAUUAA